AUCGCAAUCCAAAUCCUAGCUUGUGUUGACUCUGAUAGCUACUACAUUAGACUACUACUACAAGAAGAGAAGGAACCGGUGAGUUUUGGCCUUUACUAUAGAGUCUCGGAGUAUUCCAGGUCCCGUAAAGGCUAGAAAGAGUGAAAAUGUUGCUUGGAAAGCCACACCUCUAUAUCAAACUUCUUAUGACUCAUGAGAGUGAAUAUCUUAUUUUGGACGUGGUUCAAUAACUAUAUCACCUGAUAAGUACUCUUCGCAAUCCCGAUCCUAGGUUGCGUCAACUCUCAUAGCGACAUCUGACCAAAACAUGGAACCAUUGGUGAGAUUUGUGUACGCAAAAAGCACGAAUCGAUAAUUCCACAGUUUUAUAAAGAUCCCAGUGCGUUGUCGCAAUCCAUUCCCAGCUCUGUUCCAUAAUGGCACCCGUUGCUACAAACGAAAAGUCAACUACGAGUCCCAAUGUACAAUCUCUAAAGGAUGAUGCUUCAAAAGUAUUCAAUCCCUUCUAUUCUCCUGCAAUCGCAGAUGACGGGGAUGAGAGCUACAUCCACUCUCAAUACAAGGUCGGUGUCUCUUCAAGAUCAUUGAUCGUUCAGAUUUGGAACAUUGAAACCUUUCAGCCAUUCUUUCCCAACCUGUCGUGGCCUCCUUUAGAAGAGGUUGAGGUCACUGAACGGGCUCUAUUUGCUGACCCAGAAAAGAAGAGUCUCUUUCGUGCCGCCAAGAAAGUCAGGCAUUACACGCCUGUGAUUGGUACUGAGAUAUCAGGGAUUGACCUUCGCCAAUUGUCUGAUUCUCAGAAGGAUGAACUGGCCCUACUUGUCGCAGAAAGAGGAGUUGUUUUCUUCCGUGAUCAGGAAAUCAACAUACAAGAGCAGCUUGACCUUGCACGCCACUUUGGACCACUACAUAAACACGCGACUACGCCGAUUCCCAAAGCUGGGAUCGAGGAAGUUCACGUUGUCUACAACGAUCAUUCCCGCCGACCUGACCCUGCCUCGUUCUCAAAGCUUGAGCUUUGGCAUUCUGACGUUACAUAUGAGGUGCAGCCUCCUAGCGUAACUUCCCUAAAGGUGAUUGCUGGUCCAGAAUACGGCGGUGAUACCCUGUGGGCUUCAGGUUAUGCACUUUACUCUGGAUUGAGUCCCGGUUUUCAGAAGUAUCUCGAAGGAUUGAAGGCAGUACACAGUGCUGUUGCUCAAGCGGACGGUGCUCGAGCUGCGGGGCUUCCCGUACGAAGGGAAGCGAUCGAAACGGUUCACCCCGUUGUUCGUGUAAAUCCAGCCACUGGCUGGAAGAGCGUCUACGUCAACCCAGGCAUGUUUGCGACCGAUUCUCGACGCUUUACACGCCGCAUCGUUGGCGUUCCGAAAGCUGAAUCGGAUGCCAUUCUGAGCUUUUUAUUCCAUCAGAUUGCUGAAAACGUUGACAAUCAAGUUCGCUUUCAAUGGGAACCCAACUCGAUCGCGUUCUGGGACAAUAGAGCUGUCGUACAUUCUGCUACUUUUGACUUUUGGCCCGCAACCCGACACGCCUUGCGCGCUACUCCGCAUGGAGAGAAACCUACUUCCGUUGAGGAUUACGAAAGACAAACGGGAAAGGUUGCGAAGGACAGACAACUGGAAAUAUGGAAACAACAAGGACUGGACACGCAGACCAAUGGAAAGAACUAUAGCACAAAAGCAAGGGGAUACAAUGAUUGA